UGGCUAGCUGCUAGCACACUGGUUACAUACCAUGUAACCAGUUUGAUUGGGCAUUUGAACAGCAUUAUUUCUUGUACAAAACUAAAUGGGUUCACACUACAGGACUCGCUUUAUCUUUGUUAAUGUCGAUAGGGUACACUUGAAUCAUGAAACAAGGCUUUAGAUUAGCACAAAGCACCACCUCUAGGCCGGGAAAGUGCAUCUAUGUUCAAUACUAACAAACUCAAAGUAAUGAUAAAAUGGUCAGUCACCACAUAGCGUUGUUGUUGUUGCAAAUUAUUAAAUGGUAGUUAUUAUCAAAUGGUGGCUAUGACCGAGUCAAAGGCACACAGGCAUGAACACAGACACUCCUUAACCUUUCCUCCAUUGAUCAAUCCAUUAUUUUGAUUGCCUCCUUCGAACUGAUUCCACCGUUUUCUAUUUCGAUGGUUGCUCAGUGGUUGCUAUGGCCCUGCCUCUCUUACUCUGGUAUCCAGCAUACGGUGACACCUCCUGCAUUGUGAUUGGCUGUUGCUCACGCAAGGGUAGGGUGGGAAAAAAAACACAAAAUAAAUAAAUAUAAGAAAGGAAGAGGAAAAGGAGGGGAUUUUUGUAGUUAGCUCAAUGGAUAGCUGGGGAGCGCUCCAUGCGCAAAGGGAAAAAAAAAUAGGCGGUCAGAGAGAUAGAAAGACAGAGUGAGAGGAAAAAAAGGUGAAGAAGGAUGAUGGGAUUGAAAUGACUGAGCUCAUGCUGGCUGCAGUGAAAGAACAAGACUGAAGAAUUGCCGGAAUUAGCAUCGACUGAAAGGAUACAGCAUUUUAUUUGACAUCUUUUUUUUUUCCUGACAUCCUUACUGAGGAGGAGACACAUUUGGUGGAACACAGCAAGGAGAAGGUGAGGGGAGGUGCCUGGUCAUCAAAGAGGAAUACUAGAGUAACAACGGGGGUGGGAGGGAUGCACAGCACAUAAAAAUCCCUGUCUGCCUCUCAGAGCCCGGUUCUCUUACACCGCUGACACAGAUAAGCACCCAGCCUCCACUGGCAGGCCCGGGUGAAAAUCAGUCGGCAAAGUGGCUGGAGAAGCAAACGAAGCGGGUAUUAUUGCCCAGCAAAGAAGGAGGAGUGCAGUUGAAGACUGCAACAGGGACGGCGGGGCUGGAGGACGCGGCGACAAAGUGCGGUGUGAACGCUCAGGGCUAAUAGAAAGGCAACGGGGGAGGGGCGCCUGUGCUGAGAAGGAGGAAAAAGAGGAGGCUGCAGGACUCAUGGCUCGCGGCACCGGCUCAGGGCGUUGGAACCGGCAGAGGACGGGAAUGUUUAACACCUUGCUGCGCUGCAACCUUCCUCCAGAGACACAGAAGCUGAUCAGUGAUGGCAGCAUGGUGUAUGCAGAGGCACUUUGGGACCAUGUCACAAUGGACGAUCAGGAGCUGGGCUUCAAAGCUGCCGAUGUCAUCGUAGUAGUGGAUGCUACAAACAAGGAAUGGUGGUGGGGUCGCAUCAUGGACAUCGAAGGCUGGUUUCCUGCCAGCUUUGUGCGGUUACGUGUGAACCAGGACGAGCCCAUGGAGGAAUAUAUGGCCCAUUUUGAAGACAUGCACGCUAAAGAAAAAGACCAGGCAGAUUUAGGUUUGUUGCUGGGACCUGGAUUACCCUGCAAAGAACAGAUGAGGAGUAAUGUCAUCAAUGAGAUCAUGAGCACAGAGAGAGACUACAUCAAGCACUUGAAAGACAUCUGUGAGGGUUAUAUCAAACAGUGUCGUAAGAGGACAGAUAUGUUCAACGAGGAGCAGCUUUGUACCAUCUUUAGUAACAUCGAAGAAAUCUACCGAUUCCAGAGGAAAUUCCUGAAAGAUUUGGAAAAGAAGUUCAACAAGGAAGAGCCACACCUCAGCGAGAUUGGAUGCUGUUUUGUGGAACAUCAAUCCAAUUUCCAGAUCUACUCGGAAUACUGCAACAAUCACCCUAGCGCCUGCAUUCAGCUCUCCAAGCUGAUGAAAGUAAACAAGUACAUAUUUUUCUUUGAAGCUUGCCGACUGCUUCAGAAGAUGAUUGACAUUUCCUUAGAUGGCUUUCUUCUCACUCCAGUCCAAAAGAUCUGCAAGUACCCAUUGCAGCUGGCAGAGCUGCUAAAAUACACAAACCCACAGCACAGAGACUACAAAGAUGUAGAAGCAGCUCUAAAUGCCAUGAAGAAUGUAGCGAGGCUGAUCAAUGAAAAGAAACGGCGCCUUGAGAAUAUUGAAAAGAUCGCCCAGUGGCAGAGCUCCAUAGAGGAGUGGGAGGGCGAGGACGUGCUCAGCAGGAGCUCUGAACUCAUAUUUUCGGGGGAGCUGACCAAAUUGUCUCAGCCUCAGUUUAAGAGUCAGCAGAGAAUGUUCUUCCUCUUUGACCAUCAGAUGGUCUACUGCAAAAAGGAUCUUCUGCGCAGAGACAUGUUGUACUACAAGGGUCGAUUGGACAUGGAUUACAUGGAGGUGAUUGAUGUGGAAGACGGUAAAGAGAAGAUCUUCAACAUGAGUGUGAAGAACGCCUUAAAACUACAGUCACUUAUUGGCGAUGAAGUCCACCUUUUAUGUGCCAAGAAGCCUGAGCAGAAGCAACGCUGGCUACGCGCCUUUUCUGACGAGAGAAGGCAGGUGCAGCAUGACCUUGAAACAGGCUUUUCUCUCACAGAAGUGCAGAAGAAACAGGCCAUGUUGAAUGCCUGCAAAAGCCAUCCAGCUGGAAAACCCAAAGCAGUGACAAGACCCUACUAUGAUUUCCUCCUGCGACAGAAGCACCCCUCCCUACCAACGGCUUUGCCUCAGCAGCAGGUCUUCAUGCUGGCUGAGCCCAAGCGCAAAACCUCCACCUUUUGGCACAACAUUGGCAGACUGACGCCUUUCAAGAAGUAAAACAAAUUAGUAUAGUGCAGCUGUAAAAGAGUUAGAAGAGAAGAAAUGCCCUCUGUCUGUGCCUCAACAGACUUUAUUGAUUUUUUUUUUCCCGAAAGCACUUUAAAGGUUGUUAACAAUCAAACUUGAGAAUUGUGUCUUGGAGAAAAAGAAACAUGGAGAGUGGACCCUGACUUAAUCUACUAUUACUGUUCAUUCAAUCAAGCAGUAACUGCUAUUAACAUGACUACUGUACUGCUGUGUUUACUUCCCGACUGUACCACCGCUUUGAACUGCUUGCCUGUCUAUGAAACUGAAAGUUUCAAUUUCACUCUUUUCUAAUGUUUUUGAUGUGCCAUUCCCCAGUGCCAGAUGAUUUUUCUUUUCAUACUUUAUUUUUCCCCUUGCUUUAUUGAGUUUUCAGUAGGGAUGUCCGAUCUUAACGUUCUGCCAAUAUCCGAUAUGCCAGUAUUGGCCAAACACUUUUUGAUUUCUAUAUCAAUCAAUACUGAUAUAGUGGGGCAUUGAUGGCUUGAUUGUUAAGAAAGUUGUUAGGGAAGUGCAGUCUGCCUACUAAGGUGCUUAGUUAAAGGCAAAGCACAUUGUGUGCGUUGGUGUGCUGUGCAUCAGUGACAUUGGCGAAACCCAGGCAAUGCGUUAUUGAUUUUUCAUUAUCGGAGGAAAAACCAGAAACGAUUUUUACAGAUAUUACAUAAUUACGCUAGUAUCGGGGCGAUAAUAUUGGUUGGCUGAUAUUAUCGGACAUCCCUGGUUUUCGGUAUGCUUGAAUUAGGGGAAAUAGAAAGACAGUGAUAAAGCUCUUUUGUCAGUGUUUGUCUUGUGUAAAUAUCCAAAUUCAAGAUCAUCUCAAUUAGGUUCUAGGUUAUUUCCGAUUUGUAGUUUUUUACAGUUUUUUUGGUUUCAAACAUUUUUAUUUUCAGAACCAUAUCCUUGGUAAACCCACACAUUAAGCGACACACAUUCCUCAAUUAACUCUACAUCGCAUUGCUUUUCCACGUGUCAUUUUAUUUCAACUGUGCUGUGUUAACUACAUGUCAAUGCUAAGGGGUCUAUUGUGGUCCUUGCCUCACUUUUAAAUCUUAAAUGUGAACAUUUGCUUGUGGUACCGUUGGGAUUAAAAUAUUAAUACAAUCAAAAUAUAGUUUAAAAUAUCAUUCGAUUCGACUGAUCUCAUUCAAUAGUCCUGCAUUAACUGUUUCAAAAUUCUAAUCCAUCCAUUGAUUUGAAUUACAGCAUUUUGCUCUGAUUAUAACAACCGCAAACGAGAAAAACAAAAUAUCUAAAAUUUUCUUAAAUCAGUUUCUGUGGGAUGGUGUUGUAUUGGUCUGUUUUGUCUCUUUAGAGGUACUGUUUGCAUUGUACAUUAACAGUAGCUUACCUCCACUGCAUUGUUAACCAUAUAUACCUCUUUAUGUUUUGGAGUAUCUACCAACCUGUUAAAACCGCUUGUUACAGUGUUUGCUUUACAUGCAGUAAAGAUGUUUACUGUAAUGGUUUGGGUGUGGCCUUUUACCUGCAGUUUGAAUUUCCAUUCAUGUGUGCAUGGGUUCAUGUCAGACAAUAUUAUCAUGUACUGGACUUUAAGGUGUGGUGAAUAAUCAAAUGAAAUAAAUUUAUCCACCUACAUGAAAAAACAAAUAUUAAGUGUCUAUGAAGUUUCUCAGUUAUCCAGGUCAUGGUCAAGUUUGAAAGUUCUGUUAGGCAACUGGAUGUGAAUUUUCUAAAAGAAGACGUUUCACCUCUCAUCCAAGAGG